CUUCUUUCCAAAAUUCGAAUAAGUCUGAGAAGAAGAAAACGAAAAAAGCCACAGAUAAAACGAGAAAAGAGAGAACGAAAAAAACCCUAGGAGAUCGAAAUCUUGAGCUCGAGAUGGGAAAGUGCAGCCAAAUCCGGCACAUUGUUAGGCUUCGUCAGAUGCUGCGGCGGUGGAGGAUGCAGGCAAGGGAGUCAUCGUCUUCGUCACCGCAUGCGAUUGACGUGCCGGCGGGGCACGUUGCGGUCUGCGUAGGGAGCAGGAGCCGGAGAUUUGUGAUGAAGGCAGCGCAUCUCAACCAUCCAGCCUUCCUGAACCUUCUCCACCAGGCCGAGGAGGAGUACGGCUUUUCCCAACCCGGCCCCCUCGCCCUACCCUGCGAUGAGUCCGUUUUCCUGCAGAUCCUUCGUCAGAUCUCGUCCACCUACGCAUUCCGCUUCGCCUCGGAAGACGAUUCCGAUUAUCUUGCGUCCGGAUCCUGCUGCUGCUGCCGCGCCGGAAGCAAGUGCACCUGGCGCCCAGAUGUCCUCCCUCUCCUCCGCGGCUACUCCGCGAAACAGGUCUGGUGAGCCACCAGAACCCUAAUAAAUCUUCCCCCAUUCAGCGAUCACAUAGGGGUGGCCGAUUUCGGGUUUGAAUUGAAAUUUUUUUCUUACCUUUUUUUUUCGCCCCUAUUUUGGUUCAUUUUUCUCUGGUCUAUGAACUGUGAGAUGGCGAGAAUAGCCUGCAAGUCGUCCCAUGGAAAUGGAGCCGGAGGAAGGAUUGGUGAUCAUUCACCCGAUUUUGUAAAUAAUGUGAUUUGUUCGACGAAAUUUGCUGAAGUUCUAAACUGUAGCAGCAGCGUAGUGAUUUUUAACUAAUUGUUGUUGGCUUGAUGAACUAUUAUUUCGUAAUUGUCGUUGCACUGUCGCUGUAACAGGAUCUUGGCAGCAUGUUUUUUUUUUCGAAGGAAGUACACUAUUAUCAUUCUGCCG